AUGGCAGCACUAAAAGCCCGCGGCGAAGAUGGCUCCGGCGCCUUCAUUUCCUCUAAGCGCUAUGAAAAACGUCGCUGCAAACACCAAACCGCCGUUCCCGAAUCCGAAUGUCUUUCUCAAAUCAUUGCCAGUACCAACCCUCACAAUUACGUCGUCGCGACCCAAUCCAAAAAACUCCGUCUCAAAUUCGCAACUGUCCCCGGUGUGCCUCUUUUGUACAUUAAACGUGCAAAUCUGAUCCUCGAACCGCCCUCAGAGGCCAGUUUGAAGGGCGCCAAGAAAAUUGAGUCCGAUAAAACGCAUGCGAGUAGCAAGGAGUUGCAGACCUUGAAAGCUGUAAAGGUAACGGCGAUGGGCAAGGUGUCCGUGGAUCCAAAGUUGGUGCAGAGACUUGAGGCGAAGCAGGAGAAUAAGAAGCAAAAGUUGGAGGUCAAAAAAGCGAAGCUAUUGAAGAAGCGGAUGGGGCCGAAGGAACCGAACCCGUUGUCGGUGAAGAAGAAAAAGAAGGCACCGACACCGGCACCGGUACAGCCUGCACCGAAGGAAAAGGCACAGACGGAGGCGAGUGAAGGAGGUGAGGGUCCAUCGGAGAAGAAGAAGAGGAAGAGAAGAAAGCCUAGAUCUGAGAGGGCGGAGGGUGCACCAGCAUCGACAGGAUCCGAAUCCUCUUAA